AAAAACGACAAAAAAAAACCAGUGUUACAUAUAGAUUGAUAGAUCAGUAACAAAUAUAGCAAAAAAUGGAAAGCUGUAAUUCACGACAAGGAUUACUUAUCAAAUCAUAUUCAACAAUAACUGCUAAUGAUGAUGAUGCUAUUAAUGUUAAUAUUGUUAAUGUUGAUGAUGAUGAUGAAUAUCGAUCACCAAUAAUCAAUAAUAAUAAUGUACCAAAAAUUUAUCUUGAUGAUUAUGGUUCUACUAAUAUUACGAAUAAUGGUUGUAUAACAACAACAACAUCGACAAUGACAACAACAACAACAAGUAAUGGUAUUGCUAAAUUUUUUAUUGGUGAUGAUGGUGAUGAAAAUUUAUUAAUAAAUCAACAACAACAACAACAAUUGAAACAACAACAACAACAACAACAAAAAUUAUUGACCAAUUCUUAUUCAUUAACGAAUGAUGAUGAUGAUGAUUAUGAUAUUUCUGAUGAUGAUGAUGAUAUAAUGGCAACAACAACAACAACAACAAACCCAACAACAAAAACAAUAAAACAAUCAAAUACUGAAUCAACAAUAAUUAUAAUGGAUCAAUCACCAACACCAUCACAAUCAUCUUGUUCACCAAUAUCAAUGUCAAUCGAUCAAUAUGGUAUGAUUAUGGUUAAAGGUAAUCAUUCAACAAAAAUCAAUAAUGAUGUUAAUGAUGAUAAUGAUAACAUGAUAAUCAAUGAUGAACGAUUACAUUUUCUAACAAAUUGGUCGAAUAAUAAUAAUAAUAAUAAUGGUUUUGGUCGAACAGAUUUUUCAAUAAUCAAUGGUGGCGGCGGUGGUGUUACAACAACAUUAAACAAUGAUAAACAUUUCAAUAAUGAUGUUAUUGAUAAAAAACAAAAUCAUAAUCAUCAUGGAAUUGGAUCAAGUUGGCAAAUAUUUAUGGCAGUUAUGAUUGCAGCAAGUGGUAAUUUUAUUGCCGGUUUAAUAUUGGAUAAUAGUAAAUCAUGGAAUGUUUUUAUUUAUACACCGGAAUUAUAUUAUCUAGUACCAAUUUUGUUAAGUUUAAAAGGAAAUCUUGAAAUGACAAUGGUUGCACGUUUAAGUACAUUAGCCAAUUUAGGAAUGUUAAAAAGUUUAAAUAAUAUUAUAAAAAUAUUAUUAUAUAAUAUUAGUUUGGUACAAACACAAGCAAUUGUUGUAUCAUUUUUAGCAUCAAUUGUAACAUUAUUAGCAUUAAAAAUGGAAGGUGAAGAAAAUAUUGAUUUACCAUUAUCAUCAUCAUCAUCAUUACCAUCAUCAUCAUUAUUAAUCGAUGAACAACAAAUAUCAUCGAUUAUCCAAAAUACAACAACAAUGUCAACAAUUGAACAAUUACAAAAUAUACAUGGUGAUGGUACAGCAUUAACACGUAAAUGUUUACUUAUAUUUUCAACAUCAUUGGCAACAGCUAAUAUUGCAUGUCUUUUAUCAACUGUGAUUAUGAUUACAUUGACAGUUGCAUUACAUUAUUGUCACGUGAAUCCGGAUAAUUUUGUAACAGCAUUAGCAGCAUCAUUCGGUGAUAUAAUAACAUCAUUUUUAAUCGGUGUUAUUGGUGAAUUUAUAAAUGAAAAAAUAACAUAUCAACCAUUAGAUGAUAAUGCAACAUUAUUAUUUGAUUCUGUUCGUUAUAAUGAUGAUUUACAAUCACCAUUAAUAGCAAUAUUAAUUAUAAUAUUAUUUAUUGCUAUAUUUCCAUUAUUGGCAUGGUUUACAUGUCGUGAUGAAUCGAAUAAAAAAAUUUUAUUGGGUAUGGGUGCAUGGCUGCCAAUAUUAUUAUCAAUGUUGAUUGCAUUUGUUUCUGGUUUUGUUUUACGUUUUGGUGCUGUUGCAUUUAAUUUUAUGUCAUUAUUUCAACCACUUAUUAAUGGUGUUGGUGGUAAUCUGGCUGCUAUUACAACAAGUCGUUAUUCAACUGAAUUACAUAAACAAAAAGCUAAAGAAACAAUUGUAAACAAUAUUGAACAACAAGAAAGAUCAACAGAAUUAUCAUCAAUAACAUCAUCAUUAAAAUCAGUUAUGUCUAAUACAAUGCAUAGUUUUCUUCGUUUAAACGAUAAUCGUAAUAAAUUAAUAUUACUUUACAUUUUAAUGGCAAUCGUUGUACAUUUAUUCUAUGGAAUAUUAGCACCAAUCAUUCAUACAACCGAUCAUCAUCGUAUUACAUGGUUAUUCUAUAUAUUUUAUAUUCCGGCAACUAUUUUACAGGUUUUUCUAUUAUUAAUAUUAACAAGAUUUUUUGUCGAUUUUGUUUGGUGGUUAAAAUGUGAUCCAGAUACAAGCGCAAUACCAAUAUUAACAUCAAUGGGUGAUAUAUUGGGAACUGUAUUUCUUUAUUGUGUUUUUAUUUUGUUAAGAUUAAUUGGUGAUCAAUCAUCUGAAUCACCAUUAUAUAAUAAUUUCGAUAAUAAUAAUGAAAUUAUUGAUCAAUUAUCGAUUGCAACAACAACAACAACAACAACAGCAAUGCCUACCUUAUACGAAUUUAUAACAUCCGCAGCAACAACAACAAUUAAUGAUCCAAUUACAAUGAUAAAUGAUAAUGAAAUAAUUAAAAAUAAUGUUACAGCAUUUAUUAGACAUAUAAUGAUGAAUCAAAUUGAAACAACAACAACCGCUGCUUCAGCAAUCAAUUUAACCAUUUGAUCCUACACAUAUUUGAACCUUUUUAAUGAUUGAUUUUUUUUUUGUGAUAUUUAAGAAAGAAAUGAAAACAAAAAACACGCGCCAAUUCAGUGUUUGACGAAUGAAAUUUUCCACAAUUUUCCCCUCCCCUUAACACCGCCACACCACCAAAAACAAACAUUAAUUUUUCAACACCUGAUUCUCAUCUAAUCUAAUCUUAUGAUAACAAUGAUUUUAGUAUCCUGAUUUCUAGUUAAUUUAGUUUUGUUUGUUUGCUUUGUUUUUUUUCUUCUUCUAAUUUUAGUUACACAUUAAAUGAAUGCCUUUUUCUCUCUCGUUUAAAUUAAACCAAAACACCAAAAACAAAAA